UCACAUGGCUACCCCACCUCUAUCUUUUGAGACAGAAACCGCAAGCAGAAUUAACCAAACCAGCCUAAGAGCUUAAAGACUAGUAGAGCUCUCUUUCAUAUAACAAAGCCCAUCUCUCUCUCUCUCUCGUUCUCUGUCUUUUUCCUCUCUUGAACAAAACUGAAAAAACCCUAAUUUUCAUAUUUGAAGCAAAAAAACAAAAGGAAACAGAAACCCAAAUUGUUAAUUUUCCAUUUUUAUUUCUUUCUUUCUCUGCAACCAUCAAUUUCAUUUCAUGGUCCGUGGGCUGUUUAUUCUGUUCUUUACAAAUACCCUUUUGUCUAAAGACAAGGUUAAAGCUAUAACCAAACCAAACGCUGUCUUCUCCUUUGCAGAUCAGAGCUUUAAAGACAACUUUGGUGGAAGUAUGCAAUCUUCAAGUGGUGGAGACGAGGAGUAUGAUUCACGCGCCGAGUCAAUCUCAGUUUUCUUGAACAAUAAUAACAACCCAUUAACCCAUGUUGGUCCCAUGUCUAACCCACCACCACCACCACCACCGGCAGACCACCACCACCACCAAACCCACCACUCUUCUUCAUCAUCAACCAUGUUUGACCCUUUAUCAAAUUACUUCGACCCUUCAUCAUCAUCAACUAGAUCACUACCUUCCCAACUCACAAACCCAUUUCUUAACCUUGAUAUGGUCUGGUCUAAAAAUUUAAGAUCUGAAACCAACUGCACUGAUCUUUCUGCUUUAAUAGACUCAUCUUCUCCAACCCAGCAAUUUCUCACCAACCAAUCACAAAAUAAACCUCAUUUUCCUUCAGUUCAAAUCCCUCAACCCUCAGAAACUACACUAAGACCUUCUGCUUCCACAUCUACCGAUCAAACCACCACCAAUAUUGGUCGUAAUCCAAAAAAAAGAUCCAGAGCAUCUAGACGUGCACCAACUACUGUUUUAACUACCGAUACAACUAAUUUCCGAGCCAUGGUUCAAGAAUUCACUGGAAUUCCUGCACCUCCUUUUACUUCGACGUCGUUUCAAAGAACUAGACUUGAUCUAUUUGGCACUUCUUCUUUAAGAUCAGCUUCUACCCAUUUUGACCCUUCGCCGUCUCCUAAUUACCUUUUAAGACCUGCCGCACAGAAAAUUCAAACACCUUUUUCAUCUUCUUCAUCAACUAACAACAACACUUGUUCUCAUUCGCCGCAGAAUAUUAACACUAAUCUCCUAGACAUAAAUUUGCAAAACCCAAUUUUUAAUCUUCACUCUCUUCUACCUAAAUACCCACUUGGAAAUUCUUCCAUUAUUGGCUCCACUAAACCGCAACAAGAAAUGGGAGUUAUACAAGAGUUCGGUUUAAGCCAUGGGCAUGGCCAUGUGACUAGUCCUACAAACCUUACAGGGCUUCAAAAUAUAGUGACAUCACCUGAUGCAACAUUGAGAAGAAAUGACAACUGGGGAGGAGAUGGCGUGAUCAGCCUUGGCAGCGGCGGCCGGGGUGGCGGGUCAAAUAACGAGAGUGAUCAACAAGGGCUGUUAAGGUCUAUUAAUGGCAAUUACAGUAAUAACUCUGCAAGAGUUAGUAACAGUGAUAAAGGAACAGAGAUUAAUGUGGCAACAAGAAGUGAAGGUAUGGUGGAAUCAUGGAUUUGUUCUUCAGACUAGUUAUAUUAAAUCAUAAUCACUAAUAUUAUUACUACUAUUAUGAUUAUUAUCAAGAAAGUUUUAUCAUAAUUAGACCAUCACAAAGAGAAUGAAAAGAAAAGAAAUGAUGGUGAGUAUCUUUGAUGCAUGAAAGAGAAGAAUAUUUUUUCUGUCUCUCCAUCUUAACCAUGACUUUCAACAUAAUUAUAUGAACAUUGUUUUGUCAUUAUUACUAUUUUUUUUUUCUUUCAAUUAAUGUAAAUAAUAUAUAGUUUCUCUA